AUGAGUAGAAAUUUGAGAAAAUCCCCAAAAUUUAUUUUUAAAAUUUAUUUUUCUAUAGCUUGCCGUUUAAUUAACGAGCACAACAUUGUAGCCCUUAUCGGCCCAGGAGAAAGACAUUUAUCUGAACAAUUAAGUGUUUUGGCUGCUAAUAAAUUGAAUUUGCCUUAUUUCUCUUUGGUUGAUCCAUUAGAACAUCCAAAACUGGAUGAAGGAGGGAAUAAUGUUUUAUCUCAAAAUAAUGGAGAAGAAAAUGAAGAUUUAAUUAAUCAUUUUGAUAUGUUUCCACAUAAAGAAUUAUUUGAAGCAAUAAUUGAUUUAAUUAGACAUUGGCGUUGGGGACGCUUAAUUAUUGUUUUUAGUGAACCUGAAAGAAUUCGUCGUUUGGUUGUUUUUCUUGAACAUGAAGCUUUUGUUUCUAUUCGUUUUCAUUUAGUUUAUGUAGAAGAUGGUGAUUAUUUAAAGGCAGCAAAGGAAGUAAAAUAUUUGGAAGAAUGUAAUGAGGAGGAUAAUGCUAAAUUAUCCCAACAAAAUGGUGGGUCUAACAGUUCCCCUCAACAACAUUGCAAUGAAUUUAGCCGUGUUUUGUUGGAUAUGAGCCCUAAAGAUACUCAUAAUUUUUUGUUGUCUGCUUUAAAAGUUGGUUUAGUAGAGCAUCAUCACUGGUUUUUAACUACUUCUUUAGAUUUACGUUAUAUGAAUAUGGAAUUAUUUAAACAUAAUAAUGCUAGAUUUAUUGGGCUUGAUCCAACAGAUUUUUCUGGUGAAAAUGAUGAACAAAAAUCAGAAUUAUUAUUACCUUUACCAAACAAAAAAGAAUUUGAAGAAUUUGUUCGUUUACAUUGGUUAGCCAAAAAUACAAUUAUUGAAGGCGAAAUGAAAAUUAAUGAAGCAGAAAUUAAUCUUAGAAUGUCAGAAGCAAUUCUUUUAUUUGACUCAAUAUAUUUAUUGGCUAGAGCUUUGUCAAACGAAACUUUAAAUAUUUUAAAUAGUAACAGAAAAAAAUACUUUAAUCAACGUCAACAACAACAAAUUUCUUCCCUUUUAUUUAAUAAUAAUAAUUUAACUAUGGCUAGAUGUGCUGGGGCUACUAGACAAAAUAAUAGAAAAUUUAGUGCCGGAAAUGGAAUAAAUAAAUUAUUACGAGAAUAUUCUUUAAUUACUCGCGGAUUAAGUGGUUCACUUAAAAGCAGACUUUGUGGAAAACAAAAACCUGCUAAUAACAAUUUAAACAAUAAUUUUACUUUUCAAAUAUUAAUGCUUGGAUAUACUGGGGUUAUUGAAAAGAUUGGUUAUUGGCAAUAUGGAAAUGAUAUUCCAAAAAUAGAUUUAAGAGCAGAAUCAAGAGCACAACAACAACGAAGAGUUAAAGUUUCUGAUGAAUUAAAACCACAUUUUCGCGUUACUACAAUUUUGGAAAGGCCUUAUGUAAUGGUGAAAAGUCAGGAAACAAACAAUAAUUUUGAACAGAAACAAUUACAAUUUGAAGGAUUUUGUAUUGAUUUAUUGAAAGAAUUGGCUAAUGAUUUAGGGUGA